AUGAUUAUGAACUUCGAUCGUUUUUCGGGACUACCUGAUAACGGAACAUUCACUAUCGGCUUCACUCCAUCAGACACUGAUAAUCGAUUAUUCACGUUAGGCAUUUGGUUUGCUAGCCUUCCAGGAGAUCGAACUUUCGUUUGGUCACCCAAUAGAAACUCACCUACAUCUCAAGAAGCAAUUUUGGAGCUUGACACAACAGGAAACCUCGUCCUCGUCGACAAAAAAGUCACCAUAUGGGCCUCAAACACAUCAAAUGCUAAUGUAGAAUCAGCAACCAUGUCAGAAUCUGGUAACUUCAUCCUUCACAGCACAAACAACCACCCUAUAUGGCAGAGUUUUUCUCAACCUUCAAACACACUUCUCCCAAACCAGCCUCUAACAGUUUCUUCAGAAUUAACAUCAUCAAAAUCCUCAUCUCAUGGUGGCUACUAUGCUCUCAAAAUGCUUCAGCAACCAACUUCUUUAAGUCUUGCACUAACUUACAAUCUUCCAGAAAGUUACCAAACUUUUGAUGAAAAUGAAUCAUAUGCAAACUAUUCUUAUUGGCAAGGUCCUGAUAUUUCCAAUGUAACCGGAGAAGUUAUCGCGGUUUUAGAUCAAGCCGGAAGCUUUGGAAUUGUAUAUGGAAAUUCAUCUGAUGGUGCAGUUUAUGUUUAUAAGAAUGAAAAUGAUGAUGCAGGUUUAGCUUCUGCAAUUCAUCAAUCUACACCGUUAACCGUUCUUAGGAGACUGACACUCGAAGAGAAUGGAAAUCUGAGGUUAUACCGAUGGGAAGACGUAAAUGGAUCGAAACAAUGGGUGUCACAGUGGGCUGCAGUUUCAAAUCCAUGUGAUAUUGGUGGAAUUUGUGGUAAUGGAGUAUGUAAAUUGGAUAAAACUAAGACUAAUGCUUCUUGCACUUGUUUACCAGGAACUUCUAAACUAGGAAGAGAUGGACAAUGUUAUGAGAAUUCAUCUCUGGUUGGAAAAGGUACUAAUGGAAAAAACGAAAACAAGACAUCGAGUUUUAGAAUUUCGACAGUGCAACAAACUAAUUAUUAUUUUUCUGAAUCUUCAAUAAUAGCUAAUUAUAGUGAGAGUGAUGUUUCUUCUGUAUCAAAAUGCGGCGAUGCAUGUUUGUCUGAUUGUGAUUGUGUUGCUUCUGUUUAUGGACUAAAUGAAGAAAGACCUUUUUGUUGGGUGUUGAGGAGUUUAAGUUUCGGCGGUUUUGAAGAUACGAGCUCUACUUUGUUUGUGAAGGUUCGAGCAAAUAGUUCAUGGACACCAGAAGGACAAGAGGGAAGGUCUAAUAACAGUUCUUCUGAUGGAAUGGGGAGUGCUAAGGAAAAGGCUGUGAUUAUUCCAAUUGUUCUAGGCAUGAUAGUUCUCAUUAUUUUACUCACUAUGUUACUGUAUUACAGUGUUCAUAGAAAAAGAACUUUGAAAAGAGAGAUGGAAUGUUCAUUGGUCUUAUCAGGUGCUCCAGUGAAUUUUACUUACCGCGCUUUGCAGAUCAGGACAAGUAACUUUUCGCAGCUUCUAGGAACAGUUGGAUUUGGAAGUGUGUAUAAAGGAAGCUUAGGUGAUGGUACCUUAGUCGCGGUGAAGAAACUUGAUAAGAUUUUGCCUCAUGGAGAGAAAGAAUUUAUCACCGAAGUAAACACGAUUGGCUCAAUGCAUCAUAUGAAUUUGGUUCGUUUAUGUGGUUUUUGUUCUGAGGGACCUCAGAGGCUUUUAGUUUAUGAGUUCAUGAAGAAUGGUUCAUUGGAUCAGUGGAUCUUACCUUCGAUUCGAGGACCAGAUAGAUUGCUCGAUUGGCAAACUCGUUUUGAUAUAGCCAAAAAUAUUGCACAAGGGAUUGCAUACUUUCAUGAGCAGUGUAGAAACAAGAUAAUACAUUGUGACAUCAAGCCAGAAAAUAUAUUGUUAGAUGAAAACUUUUGUCCCAAGGUAUCUGAUUUUGGACUUGCUAAAUUGAUGGCAAGGGAACAUUCUCAUGUGGUAACAAUGGUAAGAGGCACUAGAGGCUAUUUGGCACCAGAAUGGGUUAGUAAUCGACCGAUAACCGUAAAAGCAGAUGUUUACAGCUAUGGAAUGCUUCUUUUCUUAUUUUUUUGGUGUUUUGUUUAG